UUUAAAACUAUUUUUUACUUCAUAUUCUUUUACAUUGGAAAUUCUAUUAUCUCUUCUGGAACGUUCUAUGCUGGAAUAAGAAAUUGUGACAUAGCAAAAAACUAAAAGCUGAGCAAUUGAGAGAGAAAGGGAUUUUUAGUCAGCCUAUUUAAAACUUUUUUUUGUUAAUGCCUACUUAACUCCACUGUGUAAUGAGCACUUGGCCGAAAGGUUGUCUUGAUAAAAGUUUCAUUGUGCUACUCCUUCAAUAAAGAUGUAAGAGCUCACAGUAAACAUCUGAGCCCUCCUCUGCUCCCCAUCCUCCAAGAAUUCCUCCAGCAAAUCCAGGGAAGAAUCAGAGUGGACAUGCUUAUAGUUUCUAAGACCUUGUUUACACUAAAAAGUUAGACCGAUGUAAGUUGCCUUGCAAUAACAUAUUUGUGUAUGAGUCUACACUUAAAUUUGUUUCCAGCUGAUGUAAGUGCCUUGUUACAGUGAUGCAGUAAAACCACCUCCUUGAACAAUAUAGAGCCAUGGUUGACCUACUGAGGUUGACACAGUGAGUGUAGAUGCUCUAUGACCUGUGUUGACCCCAACAGUCCUCCAGUAGCUGUCCCACAAUGCCCCAUUCUGUAUGACAGUGACAGCUCUGGUCACAGGUGGCAACUCCACUGCUUGGGGGUCACAGAGACCAGAAGUCACGCAUACUGCCUUUAAAACCCUGUGUGUUUUUGAAAUUUCUUGUCCUCGGAUGCCCAUCUUAGUGAGCACACCUAAGAGCUCUCCUUGUCUGCAACUGCUCAGCCAACCAUGCCAACUCCACACACUAGACGUUUUCCUGCCUGUAGUAGGCAGGAGGCAUUGGCUGUCAUGGGUUUGUGAGGAAAAGAGGCUGUGCAAGCACCACUAUGGACCAGCCAUAGAAAUGUGGAGAUCUAUGACUCAAUUGCACAGGGGAUGCAGGCAAAGGGGUAUGACAGGGAUCAGCAGCAGUGCCUUGGGAAAUGAAGGAACUUUGCCAGGCAUACCACAAGGCCAGGGAGCUACCAAUAGAUCUGGUGCUGAGCUGCAGACCUGCCACUUUUACAAUGAGCUGCAUGCCAUACUUGAUGGAGACCUCACCAGCACUCUGCAUACCACUGUGGAUAUCUCUGAGGAGACAGAGACCCUGGCUGUGAACUGUGAGGAAGGAGAAGGGGGAGACACCAGAUGGGGUUCCAGCCAUCCAAUGAGGCAGGACCCAUUUGAGACUCCCCACCUAGCCAUUUCCACUAUGCAAGCUUGCAUGAGCCUGAUGAAGGGGAAGGAAACUCAGCAGUGUUUGGCAUGGCAGCCUUGAGAAGUGCCCACCUUCUACACCCACAGAAUGCCUGACCUGAUGAGGAGGAGUUGGAAGAGGACUAUGGAGGAUGUGUUCUCUGAGAUCCUGCAAGCCAGUGAUACACUGGACCAUGAGCAAAGGGCUUGGAUGGCCAGUAUGACCAGCAGCAUGGAGAAGUAAAGUGAGGACAGGAGAAAUCCCAGGAAACCCAGCAGGAAAAGGAGAGGGAGAUGCACCAGGACAUAAUGGGUCUUCUCAGGCAGCAAACACAAAAUGCUACAGACCCUGGUUGACCUAUAGGUCCAAAAAUCCAAGACUCCCCAGCUUUGCAGUCUCUGGAAAAUUCCAUGGUUGCUGUUCCCUAAACACCCCAACAUACAAUGUGGCAUCACAGGCCACAUCCUUAUCCCUAUCACUCCAUGGCAAGGGACAGCAGGGAAAAUCACAUAUUCUCAUACAACUGACCUGAGAGGACCACAGCUGAUGCAUGAGUAGCCACAAUGGACUACAUUUGUGGACACAAAUGGACCAAAAUAUUUACUCCUUUUCCAAUUUUAAAGUUCCACUCUGUUAAUUUAUGUUAAAAAUGUGUAUUACAUUGCCUGUAUUUUUUGCACACUGUUUUUCUACACUGUUUUUCCCACUCAGUAAAGUUCUAUUUUUGGAGAA